AUGUGUCCAAAUAAAGUGAUAAAGGAUUUGCCAUCCACUGUUCUGACCAAUUUGCAAAGAGGGAAUGUCCAGACACAGACUGCCUGCCAACUUCCAGAAAGAAGCGUUCAUCAGUUAGCUGCUCAAGGUGAAUUGUUCAGUCAGCACUUUGAUGAAGAUAACAGUUUAUUGAAUGUGCAAGAUAAUAAUGGAUUUACGCCAUUAUUAUGGGCUAGUGCUUGCGGUCAGCUUGCGACUGUUCGAUUAUUACUAGAAAAAAAUGCAAAUGUAAAUAUUGGUGGAAAGAGAGGAGAAACUGCGUUGCUGUUUGCAAGUGCCAACGGGCAUGCACACAUUGUUCGAAAAUUACUUCAGCACAAGGCAGAUGUGAACGAAACCGAUCAGGAUGGAAAUACAUCAUUGAUGUAUGCAGCAUUUUGUAAUCAUGCUUUGUGUGUACAUGAAUUACUGACUGCCGGAGCCGACAUCACGAAAGAAAAUAACAACAAAGACACUGCAUUUAACAUUGCCAUAAGAAGAGGCAGUAAACAGGUGCAAGCAGUAAUGGAAAAGUAUAUGCUUAAUCUACUUCUGAAAGCUCAACCAUAAAG